AUGGACUACUUCAACUAUGGCUCCGGGCGUCCAGGCGGUAAUAAUGCAGGGAACCAGCCGCAGGAUCAGUCGAAUCGUCCCCGUGGAGCCCGCUACAUCGCAGGCGCGCCUUCGUUCGAGAGCUUGAGAGCCCCUUCCAACAUACGAAUACGAAGAUUGCCUUCCAGCAAUGCUGUUCCAGGUCAACAGCGGACAGGGAACUUGCAGCGUCCAGCAACCCAGGAAGCGGCCACCACUCCGCGUCCCGACGAUGAAGAAGACGAGCUUCCGGGAAGACGGCGAAGCUCUUCAGCACCACAGCGCCCCAACUACGACAUGCUGAUGAGAAACGAUCUCGCCAGACAGAGGACCACCGAUGCUGCUGCUCCGUCUCACAUGCCUGCUAUCCGAGAAGGAGAGUCGGUGACACCUCACGGUGCAGCGAUGCAUCCUGGAUUUCCGGGUGCCAAUGCCGGCUCACGGCCUGUGACGCCUGCUGGCAUCAAUGCACAGGACAUGGCUGCAGCAACCCCUCCACCUGAGAGGCUAGGGCCUGGAGGUACAGCGAUGCAUAGUGCAGGUAAUGCCGCGCAACGCAAUCGAGGAUUCUCGCUCAGUCGCUUCAGAAGCAACACUUCGUCUACUGCGCCUAGGAUCAUAGAGCGACCCGGAUCCCAGCAAGACGAGUACGAGUCUGAUGUUAUUGACCUGCUCGAUCUCGUCGAUCCAGAAGUCCGCACUCUUGGAACUUUGACGAAUCUGCAGAACUCACUCUUCGUUCCUGAUCUUGGUGGUCUCGUCAAUCGCCGCCCUACUUACGAUCUAUCUCGCCGAUCAACUGGUGGCUUUGAUGAAGGCGAAGUCCAACGUAUCGCUCGAUCCCGAGCGGGCACUCGAGCCUCACGGAUGGGCCAGCCUCCUGUACAGAAGCCAAUUCCUGAGGAAGAAGGUGGUGAACAAGACGGCAUCGAGCUGGAAGAGUCACGUAUCAGAAGGACGAUAUCCAUCUCAUCCCAGUUGAGCGAUUCGCACUACGCGGUGCUUCCUCACGGUGUCAGCUUGGAAGGCUGGACGGACGAAGACGUCGCAGAGCUCAAUGACCAUGUGCGACACCUUCUUCACUCCAAGCGCGAGGGUUUCAAACGAUCGAUGAGGGGGUUCAAGCAAUAUAUCAGCAAACCUCUGGGCCUGUUCGUCUUUGUGUACGCAACUUGCGUGACACUUUUUGGUGCUGCUUGGGUCUUUGCGUUGAUCGGUUGGAUCUACGCCGGAAACCGCCAGGACUACAUCAUCAACGUCAUUGACUUAGUCCUGGUCGCCCUUUUCGCGCUCAUUGGAGAUGGACUGGCGCCCUUUCGAGCAGUCGAUACCUAUCACAUGUGCUUCAUCGCGCAUUACCAUCAUACAACAUGGCGACUGCGGCGUGAAAAGCAAUUGCCCGAGUUGGUGGACCAGAACGAUCUUCCAGACAGACGCAGAAGUGCGACUGAAGCCGAAAUCGAAGACGCGAUUGACAAGGAAGAAAUGGCCGAGUUCUCGGUCCUGUCGCCCAAACAGCAGAAGCGACUGCAAUACCACCAAGCCAAGUUCAACAAAAGCCACACAUUCUACAAGCCGCACGAGACUGCAACACACCACGCGUUUCCCCUUCGACACAUGGUGGCAGCGGUCGUGCUACUCGACUGCCAUUCUCUUCUUCAAGUUGCGCUCGGAACGUGCACUUGGUCGAUCAACUACCACACCCGACCUGAAGCGCUUACUGCAACCAUUCUUUCGUGCUCCAUUGCCUGCAACAUUGCAGCGGGCGUGGUGAUCAGCAUUGGCGACCACAAGACGCGGAAGAAGGACGUCCUCGAGCGGAUCUUCAGACAGGGUCUCACCGAGCAAGCCCUGAGGCGAAUGGCGAAGAAGCAUGGCAGAGGUGAAAUGGCAAUCGCUGUUGACCCGCAAAAGGUCGAAAGCGAGGAUAUUAAGGAUGCUCACAAAGCUGUCACGCAGCCUCCUGAGCCGAGCGCGGCGGAGAGGGCGAAGUCGAAUGGAGACGUCGUGCCCGAGGAGUUUUACACGCCGUCAGAGCGAUGA